AUGUUCGUAGGAUACUUUGGUCGUCGUCGAUUAAAAAGUGUAUUAGCACUAUGUCUUGGUUUUCUAGUCUUGAUAGCACUUCUCUAUCAACCAAAAACUACAGAACCAGAACAUCAAUCAUAUUCAGAAUUGUCACCACCUAUUCAAGUACAGAAAACUCCAUUGCCACCUUUGGCACCAAGAAAAAAACGGCCAGGUGUUAUGUCUUUCAUUGAAUUUAAUAAUUCUCCUUAUCUAGUUUUUCAAUCACUACCUACUAAUUUUGUACCCAUUAUGGUUUUAUCUAAAGCAGCUAAUAUUGAAGUGCGUGAUGCUAUACGACGAACAUGGGGUUUUCAUAGAUUAUAUUGCAAUGAUACCGUACGAAUGAAAGCAUUCUUUAUUGUUGGAACUGAUGAUUUUAUGACACAACGCAUAGUUACAGAACAAAAUGUUUUUGAUGAUGUCAUUCAAAUUACUGUGCCAGAUAUGUAUUCAUUUUCUGCUUAUAAAGAACUUUCUGCGAUGGUAUGGGUACGUAGUUAUCUGCCAAAUAUACCAUUUUAUUUUAAAACUGAAGACGAUGUUAUUAUUAAUACGAAAAUAUUAGCUGAUCAACUCUUACCAGUAAUCGAAUCUAUUGCUAAUCAAAAACUCAUUAUCGGUUGGUUUGGUUCAGAAAAUACUGUACAACGAGGUUCCUAUCAAAAAUUUGUUGAUGCUGUGAUGACACAAACAAAUGGUGAUGUACAAUAUGCAAUGAGUUUAUUGUAUGCUGUGACAGCCACUGGUGCUGAUCGUUUGAUUGAUACAGUAAGUAAAAUUGAACACAUUGAUUAUCCAGGUGAUCCAUUUGUGACCGGUAUUCUUCGAGAUGCUGCACAAGUUAAAAUGAAUAAUUUAGCAAUAUCUUCGCAAAAUUUAAAAUACGAAUUAGCUAAUGGAGGAUGUAGACGUGCAUUCGAGAAAAAUCGAAACUUAUUAUUGUGUACAUCAUCGUUACAUAUUGGUCCAAUUGUUUCUAUGACUGAGUAUUUUGAAGCUUGGAAUGUAGUAAUUGGGCAAUCGCAACCAUAG